CCUCCUUCCCAGGUUUGUCCCUCUGGAAAGAUGCUGAGGCUCAGGAUGCUGGUUGCUGUGUUAAGCACCUGCCUGGGCCUGCUGGGCGCAGCUACCGCAGCCACAGGGCCUAACCCCGCCCAGCCAGACACCCCCAGCAUUCUGCCCUUCCACCGGCGCCAGAAGAGAGACUGGAUUUGGAACCAGAUGCACAUUGAUGAAGAGAAAACCACCCCGCUCCCCCAUUAUGUAGGCAAGAUCAAGUCAAGUGUGAACCGCAAGAAUGCCAAGUACCUGCUCAAAGGAGAGUCGGCCAGCAAGGUCUUCAAAGUCAAUCCGGAAACAGGGGACGUGUAUGCCUUUGAGAGGCUGGACCGGGAGAAGAUCUCUGAGUAUCACCUAGUUGCCCUCAUCGUGGACAAGGACACCGAUAAAAACCUGGAAUCUCCUUCUAGCUUCACCAUCAAAGUCCACGAUGUGAACGACAACUGGCCUGUGUUCACGCACCAACUGUUCAAUGCGUCAGUGCCUGAGAUGUCCACUGCAGGGACCUCGGUCAUCCGUGUGACAGCGGUGGAUGCAGAUGACCCCACAGUGGCAGACCAUGCCUCUGUCAUGUACCAAGUCUUGAAAGGAGAUGACAAAUUUGGCAUCGACGAUUCUGGACUCAUUUUCACGAAAACCGCAAACUUGGACCGAGAGACAAAGGCCAAAUAUGAGAUAGUGGUGGAGGCACGAGAUGCCCAGGGCCUCCGAGGGGACUCAGGUACGGCCACCGUGCUGGUCACUCUGCAAGAUGUCAACGACAACUUCCCCAUCUUCACCCAGGCCAAGUACACAUUUGCCGUGGCUGAAGACAUCCGCGUGGGCAGCCCCCUGGGCUCUCUGUUUGUUGAGGACCCAGAUGAGCCCCAGAACCGGAUGACCAAGUACAGCAUCGUGCAGGGCGAGUACAAGGACACCUUCACCAUCGAUACGGACCCCACCCGCAAUGAGGGCAUCAUCAAACCCAUGAAGCCCCUAGACUAUGAGCGCAUCCGACAAUACAGCUUCACCAUCGAGGCCACGGACCCCACCAUAAACCUCCGCUACCUGAGCAGCACCACCACCAGAAACAUCGCCCGUGUCAUCAUCAAUGUCACAGAUGUGGACGAGCCGCCCAUCUUCCAGCAGCCCUUCUACCACUUCCAGCUCCGGGAGAACCAGAAGAAACCUCUGAUCGGCUCGGUGCUGGCCACAGAUCCCGACGCAGCCCGGCACAGCAUUGGAUACUCCAUCCGCAAGACCAGUGACAAGGGACAGUUCUUCAGAAUAACCAAACAGGGGAACAUUUACAAUGAAAGAGAACUGGACAGAGAACUCUACCCCUGGUAUAACCUGACUGUGGAGGCCAAAGAACUGGAUUCUACUGGGACCCCCACAGGCAAGGAGUCCAUUGUGCAAGUCCACAUUGAAAUCUUGGAUGAGAACGACAAUGCCCCAGAGUUUGCCCAGCCCUAUGAACCCAAAGUGUGUGAGAGUGCUGCCCCGGGCCAGCUGGUCGUGCAGAUUUCAGCAAUAGACAAGGAUAUAACCCCACGAGACGUGAAGUUCAGAUUCUCCCUGAGCACUGAGGACAGCAACUUCACCCUUAUGGAUAAUCGCGACAACACCGCCAACAUCACAGUCAAGUACGGGCAGUUUGACCGGGAGCGUGUCAAGGUUCACUACCUGCCGGUGCUCAUCUCAGACAACGGAAGGCCCAGCCUCACAGGCACCAGCACGCUGGCCGUGGCGGUGUGCAAGUGCAAUGAGCGCGGGGAGUUCACCUUCUGUGAGGAGGUGGCACCCCAGGUGGGCGUCAGCAUCCAGGCACUGGUCGCCAUCUUCCUUUGCAUCCUCACCAUCACUGUGAUUACCCUCCUCAUCUUCCUGCGCCGGCGGCUCCGGAAACAGGCUAGGGCCCACGGCAAGAGCGUGCCUGAGAUCCACGAGCAGCUGGUCACCUAUGACGAAGAAGGAGGGGGUGAGAUGGACACCACCAGCUACGACGUGUCGGUGCUCAACUCGGUGCGCCGGGGCGGGGCCCAGCCUCCGCGCACGCUCGACGCUCGGCCGCCGCUCUACGCCCAGGUGCAGAAGCCGCCACGGCGCGGGCCCGGCAUGCACAGCGCGCCCGGAGAGAUGGCGGCCAUGAUCGAGGUGAAGAAGGACGAGGCAGAUAACGAUGGCGGCGGCCCCCCCUACGACACGCUACACAUCUACGGCUACGAGGGUGCCGAGUCCAUCGCCGAGUCACUCAGCUCGCUGGGUACCGACUCAUCCGACUCCGAUGUUGACUACGACUUCCUCAACGACUGGGGGCCCCGGUUCAAGAUGUUGGCUGAGCUGUACGGCUCCGACCCCCGGGAGGAGCUGCUGUAUUAG